CAACUAAUCAAAAGUUUUUACUCAAGCUACUUCAAAUGCACCCAAUGUUAGGCAAAAUACUCGUCCUUUUGCUCAAAAUAAUACUCUGAAUAAUUUUCAGCCAUCAGUAUCCUGUCAAUUUUGCAAUGAUCGAUCUCAUGGGAUUUUCAAAUGUGUCAAUUUUUCAAAGAUUCCCAUCAAUCAACAUUAUGAUGCAAUCAAAAGGAAAGGGUUGUGUUUCAAUUGCCUUAAUCCUUACACUGACAAUCACAACUGCUCUUCAAAGAGAUGCCAAAAAUGUGAUAAGCGACAUCACACUGUUCUACAUGAUUCCUUUACUAGCAAUUCAGGAGCUGAAGUCUCCAAUCAGUUGGAAACCUUCUGGAAGCUGGAAGAAGUCUCUUCAGUUAUUCCUGUCUCUCCUGAGUGUGCUAGGGUUGAAGCACACUACAAAGAAAAUACCAUCAGGCAUGAAGAUGGUCGUUUCCAAGUGUCCUUACCUCGCAAGGAUUCAUUUGCCACCCUUGGUCAUUCAAGGACUCAAGCUAUGAAACGUUUCCAUUCAUUGGAAAAAAGAUUUCUUAAAGAACCUGAGCUCAAACCUCAA